CUUUCUUUCGUCUGCUUUUAUACUCCGUAAUGAAAUCUUAAACCUUGUUCUCCUUCUUGUCUCGGUCUCUUUGCAUCCGGAAGCAUUAGUUUUGUGAAGCGGGCCUACCAAGGCUGCCACCAUACUAUUCUGUCGAUCAUUCAUUUCUACUUGUAUAUAUGUGCUUGGCCUUGUUCUUGCCAGUAUUCUUGUGCGUAUAUUUUCACGACCAUCGAGCUCUAACCUGCUACCUUUCUGUACAUCGACCCGUCCUUUGCCGUCAUCUGGACCAUAAUACUACAGCCCUCCACAUCCUACAUUCGAUACUCUCAUGACAUACACCUGCUUUUGAAGAACCACGGAUACUGAGCAUAAGCCUAAAACACAUCCCCACCAGCGAGGCAUUCGCGACAUGUCUCUCGUGGGGAACUUUACCUCGAAUUACGACCAUAGCGUCGACACCCAAGGCCCUGGGAUUCUAAGUCAUCGCAGGAGAAACAGCGAGGUUGAACAGACAUACAAUCCCUUCCACCACCAUCAUACAGCCAACGACGACGAUGCUGAAGCAAUAUCAGAGGGGAAAUUGGGCUCCUCCAGCAGCUCCGAUGACGAAGGUGCUGAACGGAUAAGAGACCUCGCUCGACAGCUCACUCGUGACUCUGCCCGAUCCUACGGAGGUGUCAACCCAUUCGAUGCGGAGCCUGACUCCGCCCUCGACCCCAGCUCAGAUAACUUCAAACCUCGAGCUUGGACAAAGGCCAUGUUCCAGCUGCAGUCAUCCAACGAUCGCUUUCUUGGAAGGACUGCGGGCGUUGCCUUCCGCAACCUGAGUGCCCACGGCUUCGGUGCUGCAACCGAUUACCAAAAAUCCGUCGGCAAUGUCUUCUUUGAGGCCGUUGGCAUCGCUCGCAAAUGGAUGGGGGUCGGACAACGCAGAAUAGACAUCCUCCGCAACUUUGACGGUCUCAUCAAGCCCGGAGAGAUGUUGGUUGUCCUGGGUCCUCCAGGUUCCGGCUGCUCAACCUUCCUCAAGACCAUCGCAGGCGAAACUCAUGGGUUCAAUGUGGACAAAGAUUCGUACAUCAACUACCAAGGCAUCAGCUUUGAGCAGAUGCACAGGCACUUUCGAGGCGAAGCGAUCUAUACCGCUGAACAGGAUGUCCACUUCCCUCAAAUGACGGUCGGGGAAACGUUGUACUUCGCCGCUCGCGCGAGGGCACCCAGACAUGUACCGGGAAACGUUCCCAAGAAUACAUACGCCGAACACAUGCGAGAUGUCAUCAUGGCCACUUUCGGUAUCCGACACACCUUCAACACAAGAGUCGGCAACGACUAUGUCCGAGGCGUUAGUGGUGGAGAACGCAAGCGUGUCAGCAUUGCUGAAGCUGCUUUGAACCUGUCUCCACUGCAAUGCUGGGACAACAGUACUCGUGGCCUAGACAGUGCCAACGCCAUCGAGUUCUGUAAAAGUCUACGCAUCUCGACCGACAUCCUGAACUGCACGGCCGCCGUUGCUAUCUAUCAGGCACCACAGUCCGCUUACGAUAUCUUUGACAAAGCGAUUGUACUGUACGAAGGACGGCAAAUAUACUUUGGCAAGAAGGAGCAUGCGAAAGACUAUUUCGUCCGGAUGGGCUUCGCUUGCCCAGAUCGUCAAACCACAGCUGAUUUUCUGACGUCUAUGACGAGUCCGGCGGAAAGAGUUGUUCGCAAAGGAUUUGAGAACAAGGUUCCUCGUACGCCUGACGACUUUGCACAAGCAUGGAAGGAUAGUCCGGAACGUGCUCAAUUGCUCCGGGAAAUCGAAGAAUUCGACCGGGAGCAUCCGAUCGGAGGACCAGAUUUGGAGGCUUUCAAGCAAUCUCGAAAAUUACAACAGGCAAAACGGCAACGAGUGUCCUCUCCCUACACACUCUCUUACGGUCAACAAAUACGGCUUUGCCUGUGGCGAGGUUAUCGUCGAUUGAUAGCAGAUCCGAGCCUGACCUUUACGCAAGUCUUUGGCAACACCAUCUUGGCUUUGAUCAUCGGUUCUAUCUUCUACAAUCUCGAUCACACCACUAACUCGUUCUACUCUCGAGGCGCUUUACUGUUCUUCGCUAUUCUCAUGAACGCUUUCGGAUCGGCUCUGGAAAUCUUGACCCUGUACGCGCAACGUCCGAUCGUCGAGAAACACGCCCGAUACGCAUUGUACCAUCCGUCUGCAGAAGCAUUCGCGUCAAUGUUGAUGGACAUGCCGUACAAAAUCUUCAACACGAUUGUCUUCAACGUCACUUUAUAUUUCCUAACCAACUUGCGAAGAGAGCCUGGAGCAUUCUUUUUCUUCCUGCUCAUAUCGUUCUUCCUGACCCUGGUCAUGAGUAUGCUCUUCCGAACGAUCGCUUCCGUCUCACGAACACUCAGUCAAGCUCUUGCUCCAGCGGCUGUUCUUAUUCUGGCCAUUGUCAUCUAUACAGGCUUCGCCAUUCCUGUCAACUACAUGCUGGGAUGGGCGCGGUGGAUCAACUACCUGGAUCCCGUGGCCUAUGGCUUCGAGGCAUUAAUGAUCAAUGAAUUCUCUGGGCAAAACUACGACUGUGCGAAUUUUGUACCUACAGGUGCUGGCUAUGGGAACGGCGUCGCUCACCGUGUCUGCUCGACUGUUGGAUCUCGGCCGGGUCAAUCAUUCGUCAAUGGUGACGACUACAUCAACAGCAGCUACAGGUACUACGCAUCGCACCGGUGGAGAAACUUCGGGAUACUCAUCGCCUUCCUGUUCGGCCUCAUGUGCACGUACCUGGUUGCAGCAGAAUUUGUCGCGGCAAAGAAAUCCAAAGGUGAAGUUUUGGUCUUUCGACGUGGUCACAAACCAGCCGCACUGAGGAAGAAUUUCCCCUCAGAUGCCGAGGGCGGCAGUCCUGGCACGAUUGUUGCAGCAGAAAAGGACCACAACGAGCUUCAACCCAUCUCCAGCAUCAUCCAGAAACAGACCGCCAUCUUCCAGUGGAAAGAUGUCUGCUACGAUAUCAAGGUCAAAGGAGGCGAACGACGAAUACUGGAUCAUGUCGACGGCUGGGUUAAACCUGGCACCCUUACAGCUCUCAUGGGCGUGUCCGGGGCAGGCAAGACCACCCUUCUGGACGUUCUCGCCACACGUGUGACCAUGGGAGUUAUUACCGGGGAAAUGCUCGUCGACGGCCUCCAACGCGACGAUUCCUUCCAGCGCAAAACCGGAUACGUACAACAACAAGAUCUACACUUAGAGUCAUCCACUGUCCGCGAGGCAUUGAACUUUAGUGCCCUCCUCCGCCAGCCAGCACAUAUCCCCCGUAAAGAGAAGAUUGCCUACGUCGAUGAGAUUAUCAAACUCCUGGAAAUGACCGACUAUGCUGACGCCGUCGUCGGUGUGCCCGGCGAAGGUCUAAAUGUCGAACAGCGUAAACGCCUUACGAUAGGCGUCGAGCUCGCCGCGAAGCCUCAACUCUUGCUCUUCCUCGACGAACCCACAUCCGGUCUAGACUCGCAAACAUCCUGGUCCAUUCUCGACCUACUCGAGAAACUCAAGAACAACGGCCAAGCUAUCCUAUGUACGAUCCACCAGCCUUCCGCCAUGCUCUUCCAGCGCUUCGACCGGCUGCUUUUCCUAGCCAAGGGUGGCAGGACAGUCUACUUCGGCCCCGUCGGUGAAUCAUCACGGACUCUGACGAGCUAUUUUGAACGCAACGGCGCGCACCCUUGUCCCGCGGACGCGAAUCCAGCUGAGUGGAUGCUCGAAGUCAUUGGUGCCGCUCCAGGUUCGCACACGGACAUCGACUGGGUCGAGACGUGGCGCAAUUCUCCUGAGAUCAGGGAGGUGCACGCUGAGCUCAAGACGAUGAAACACGACCGGUGCAGAUUGGCUCGAGCGACGUCCGAUCCGGCGGAUAAGACGAGCUACCGCGAAUUUGCGGCCCCGUUUUACCAGCAGAUGUUCGAAGUCCAGAAACGUGUUUUCCAGCAGUAUUGGCGGACCCCGUCCUAUAUUUACAGCAAGUUGUCGUUAUGUACCGCUUCGGUGAGUCUCUCAUUUCUCAUCCCUCAACCCCUUUGGGCAUGAACAAGACGACCUCAUCAGAGAAGAUGUCGAAUCCUAACCUAGAAGUGCCAACGCUUGUUCUGGUAUUGUGCCUGCCAGGCUACGUCAAUUGUAUUGCAGGAGAAUAUCGAUCUCGCUAACGCUCAACGCAGGGCUUGUUCAUAGGACUCUCCUUCUUACACGCCCGCAACUCUAUCCAGGGCCUUCAAAACCAAAUGUUUGGUAUAUUCAUGCUGAUGACAAUCUUUGGUCAACUGGUCCAACAAAUCAUGCCACUGUUCGUCACCCAGCGCGCCUUAUACGAAGUCCGCGAACGGCCCAGCAAAGCAUACUCCUGGAAAGCAUUUAUGAUGAGCAACAUUAUUGUCGAAUUGCCUUGGUCCGUUCUCUGCGCCAUCCUGAUCUUCGUGACGUGGUACUACCCUAUCGGGCUGUACGCAAACGCGGAACCAACGAAUGCCGUGCACGAAAGAGGCGCACUGAUGUUCUUGUACAUCCUGGAGUUCUUGCUGUUUACGAGCACAUUUGCGCACAUGGCCAUCGCAGGGAUCGCGGAUGCAGAGACUGGGGGCAACAUUGCGCAGCUGGCCUUCUCGUUGACACUGGUGUUCUGUGGUGUGCUCGUCGGCCCGAAGGCCCUACCUGGGUUCUGGAUUUUCAUGUACCGCGUCUCCCCAUUCACCUACUUGAUAGACGGCAUGCUGUCCACCGCAGUCGCCCACACGACCGUCACCUGCGCCUCGAACGAGUAUCUACACUUCACGCCCCCUUCAGGACAGACCUGCGCGCAAUACAUGGCAUCCUACAUCGACAGGAGUGGCGGCUACCUGCAGAACCCGGCCUCCACCGGAAACUGCAGCUACUGCCCUAUAAGUGAGACUGACACGUUCCUGGUCGGUGCCUCGGCGCAUCCACAAUACAUGUGGCGCAAUUGGGGGAUCAUGUGGGCUUUUAUCCUGUUCAACGUUGCCGGUGCGGUGGCGCUGUAUUGGCUGGUGCGGGUGCCGAAGAAGAAAAGGGGAGAGAAGGGGAAGAAGGAGGUUGUUGGCACGAGUGCGGACGCGACGAGGGAGGGCAGCGUCUUGGAGAAACCGCCACCGGUCGACGGCACUCCUGGUCUGACGGAGAAAGAGACGGCGAGGGGCGCGGACGUUGAUGCUGAGGCGUCGUCCACGACGUUAGGCACAGCAAGACAGAAUGAAACGGAACGGCCGCUCUAUCACGACAGUGUCACGAAGCCACGAGAUCACCCUGGUCCGGCGCAACCUCCGCACAUUAUUGCAUGAUCGGUUUGGAGCGGACAAGCUUUCAACGUACAGCACCUGCAUUUUUCCUUCCGGCGUCAAUUCGAUCGAGGACCGACGAGGUGGACAGCGUGUAUAUACACCUGAUCCACGGAGCCCUCGUUCGUUGGAAUUUGCUCAGCCACUCCUUCUUAGCAUCCACUGCCACCUACAUCAAACAUUUGCGGUGUGCGGUUGCAGGUGCAUUCCAGCAUUGAUGGCGUUUCGACCAUACUUUUGUACUCGCACACUUCCCUUUCAGGACUUCCGGCGUUUCGAUCGACAAAUACAUAAUUGUUGUACUUGUACUUGUACACACCACUCUUGCCAUUCCCGGGCCGGUUAAUUUUAUUUUCGACUGCAACACUCGACUGGACUGUACUCACUGGUUCAUACGAUGGACGUGGCUUGGCACCAGCCAGAUGCAUUAUACAACAUACGACACACAGUAUUAUAACACUGUUGUCAAUACCUAGGUAUUCACACAAUUACCCCGACCUUUGUCAACAAGACCACGAGAUCGAACCAGUACAGUAACACGGGACAGGGCAGGACAUGAUAGAGAAAAAACGCGACCGGCACGGUGUAGGAUGUGAUAUGCGACGAUAUAGAAGGAUAUACUAGUAACUAGACAAUUCCCACGAAAGGGAGACACGGGAUCUAGAGAGAUAUAGAUACCAUAGACUACGGAGUACUACUCAUCUAAUAGGACCAUCAUGAUACGACUCCC